UAUUUCUGCAGUUUUCUGACUUAAUGUGAAUUCCUCUUCCACUGUUGCUUUACUGCUUGCAGGAUUCACUGGGUGUGUCCCACAGAACUGGUCUUACAGUGCUUUGGUUGUUCAGCUAACCCUACUUUCUUCUCCUUUAUCAUUCCUUUAGUGAACUUGUCCUAGUCCAUUCAUACAGAGCUUGGGGACACAGCAAUACAAGGACAUUCUGAAAUAGUUGAACCCAAAAGCUCUGUUGUCUUGAGCAAACACUGACUCAACAACUCAACAUUCUCAGCAAUGGCCAACCAACUACAGAAACUUGUGGCAGAUAAGAAGGAUGUUGUUGAGACUGUAAUGGAGGUAUUCGAACAGGGGGCAGAGGUGGUUGCUAGUAUUGCAGGGGACCUCUUCCCUGUCUUCUCAAUUGCUGCUCCUGUUAUAAAAUUGGCUCUGGAUAAUGUUGAGAGCAAGGAGGCAGAAUACAUGAAGGAGCAGUUCCAGAGAGUGCGAGAGCGCCUUGAAGUUGUAUCCGAGGAGAUUCAGCGAAUAAAUGAGGAGAUCAAGAAGAGCAGUGCAGAUGCAGCCUAUUUCUCGGUAGAGGAGAAUCUGACCAACCAGUUCCGUAAAUAUAUGGAUGUUCUAAAUGCCAAACCUAAGUUCAGAGAGGUCAAGAAGAAGCUCUUCCUGGAGCAUUUCAGCAAGACCGGAGGUGACAAAAACCUGGAAACCCUUUACAAUGCUGUCACAGGGGAUAAUUUCUCUGGAGAGUCUGUGCUGGAGAUCACACUAAACUAUGAGCAAAAGAGCCGUAGGCCCAUGGAGGACUUUUGUGCCAGGUUGAAGAAGUUGUUCUGCAUUGGCCUCAUUGCUUUGAUGGGAUAUACUGCACUGAAAGGUGGUGAUGAUGAGGAGGAGCUUCUCAGAGACUGGGGGGAGAGGAUGAAGGCAGUCCAGGCCAAAAUGAAUGCCGUCAUCGAAGACUGCAUUAACAGCUUCCCAAGCCAGGCAGAAAUAGAUGUCAAGCGAAUGGUCAGAGAUCACAGGGACAUGAACAACCAACAGUUGGCUGAAACCAUUGUACAGAGCUUGAAGCAGAAGUACGACUGGGUGUGUUGGUCCGUUCGAAUCUUUAACUCCCCGACGGGCCUGUUUACCAACAAGAAGGAGUUUCAUUGCUCUACAGGAAAGAGUCGCUUUCAAGUACAGCCCUCUGUUGAAAAGCUGAACGUAGUGGUCUCCUACAGUGCCUCUCCUGAGCCAGUUGAUAAAGAAAAAGUACAAAAGCUGAUCUCAGAACAGAAGAAGGCUACAGUUACAUCACUAGCAGAACUGCUGUUUGAGAACCUACCUGUUUCCGUGGUCCAUGCAGUCAAGACCUCAUGCAAAGAAAUGGGCUAUUCCUGGACCUUCAGUGAUGAGCUACACUUUUUUGUAGAGAAUAAGAACUUCUAUGUUUUUGUUCACUCAGCAUGAGAUAAUUGUCUGGUAUAGCUGAGAGGCCAAUAUAUUUACAGCCAAAUGCCAUCAGAAACACUUUCUUUACUCCUAUGCAAUACUUAACAUUUUAUUUUAAAUAUUUCUAAGAAUUUUCUAAGAUCUGUUCAUAUUAGUAUUCUUCAGUGAAAUGCAAAAUUUUGUUAAAAGGCUACAUGUUAGUGAUACAUUAACUCAUGUCAACAACAGAAAUUAACCAGUGGUCUUAUAAUUGCACAUAUGUACCUUCUUUGAAAUGUUGCUCAGAUGUUAAUUCCCCAAUAUUCCAGCAAACACUAUGUUUAACCACUGCUGUCUGUACUUAUUACUUGAAGCAUUGUUGUGGUACA